CGUUGUCGCCAGGAGAGCGUGUACUGCAUCUGAGAUUUCCACGAUGUUGCUUGAAGAUCAGAGAUUCAUCCAUGAAGACCUGGAAAGGUUAGAACAGGCCAUCGCGGACCGCGUUAGCCAAGAACCGAGAAACAUACGUGAGCGGCUCUCUCGUGAUCACGAGGUUUCGCAGUUUUUGGCGCGUAUUGAGGAGCAGUCAAAGAGGUUGCUUGAUAUCUAUAAGGAUGCGGAUGGUCUGCGAGAAAAGGAGAUCCAGGCGAUCUCAACGGGCGAUCAGUUCGAGGAGUUUUACAAACAACUGGAUGAUAUCAAGGGCUAUCACAAGCGCUACCAGAAUGAGCCGGUAGAAAACCUCGAGCGCGCCUAUAAGCGCCGCCAACCAGCCGAAGGGGAGCCUGUGGGCAUGGAGGUUGACACGAUGUUUUCCGGAGAAGAGGGCUAUGGCCAGUUCCUUGACUUGACAGGCGUUCACAAAGACUAUCUCAAUCUGCCCGGAGUCAAGCGACUCACUUAUAUUCAAUAUCUCGAAGUUUUCGAUGCAUUUACACCACCGCAGCUCCCAAUAAAACGGUCCAACAAACUUUCAGACGGCUAUUUCACAUACGUGGGGGAACUAGCCAGUUACUUGGAAGGGUUUAUCAAACGAAUCAAGCCUUUAGAAGAUCUUGAUCGCCUGUUUGCCGGGUUUGACGAGGAAUUCGAGAAGCAGUGGGCUUCGAACGAAGUUCCAGGAUGGUCUGAAGAAAAGCCAGAAAGUGCCCAACAAGGACCGCAAACCGAAGGUACCGGCGAGGGGAUCUGGUGUGCGGACUGUGCCAGGGAGUUCAAGAACGAAAAUGUCUAUAAGAACCACCUUACUGGGAAGAAGCAUAUUCGAGCAGCAGAAGCUCGCAAGGCAAGCGGCGAUGCAACCGGGGCCCCAUCACAAUCUACUGGAGCCACAUCGAUGGCCCACCGACUAAAGGAGCGCGCCGUGGCUGAAAGGGAACACCGUGUCCGAUCACUAGCAAAGGCUCUUCAGCCCGAGCGCGAAGCAACUCGUGUCAAUGUCGAGCGGAAGCAGGGUAUGACCGAGAGAGAGCGCCAAAUGGAACUUGAGGCCUUGCUUGCAGAGUCCGAACAGCCUUUUGGGGAUGGUCGAGGCAAUGACCAGUCCGACGACGAAGGGGAGGAUAAGAUUUACAACCCUCUCAAACUGCCCCUGGCAUGGGACGGCAAGCCUAUUCCUUACUGGCUCUAUAAGCUGCAUGGUCUCGGGGUAGAAUACUCGUGUGAAGUCUGCGGCAAUUUCGUAUACAUGGGCCGUCGUGCUUUCGACAAGCAUUUCUCUGAAGCUCGCCAUAUCUACGGUCUCAAGUGUCUCGGUAUCACGGCAAAUACCAAUCUCUUCCGCGAAAUCACUCGCAUCGACGAUGCUAUGAGGCUAUGGGAGAAGCUGGAGCAAGACCGGAAGAAGGACAGAGACCUGCGGGACAAUGUAGUGCAGAUGGAGGAUGCGGAAGGCAACGUCAUGCCCGAGAGGAUUUAUCUCGAUCUUCAAAAGCAAGGUAUUCUAUGAAAGCGGUCUAUCCAUCUGCCAACAACUGCUUUUAUCUUGAGCCUCAUGGCAGAAAGGCCUGGAGUCUGGCGAGUGUCUCUUCAUUUACCGGGAUUGAGGUUAUAUCUGACUGUUGGAAUCGGUGGCGCUACCUCUUAUCGCUCAACUUCAUCAGUGCUCUGUGUAUUCUAUCAAAAGAAAUAUCAUGAUUGUUAAUGUACUGUCUCGAGAGCAUCACUACUAGAUUUCGAACCUGAGGCAUCAAAGAAUGUAUAUAUGAAGAUCACGUGUUCUCGCGAUCCAUGGACGCGCCUCCUCGUCCUGCUGGAACUCGCGUUGUCCUUCUCGCCCCA